AUGAAAAGCGGGCUGCGAGAAGCGCGCCCCGCCAGUGUCUGCCCGGCCCCCGCAGCGCCGCCUGUGAAGCGGGGCAGAGGAGAGGCCGGCAAGAGUUUUGCUGGACCGGCGCUUCUCAAUAUUACCCCAUCUGCUCAGAGACGUGCAGAAUCUGCAACUAAAUGUGAUGGCCUCGACCUGGACGACCUGCUGCCCCAAGUGGGCGAGUUCGGGCGCUACCAGAAGCUGCUGCUGUGGCUGGUGUGCCUGCCCGCGUGCAUCCCGUGCGGCUUCGGGGCGUUCACGCAGCUCUUCAUGGCGGACGUGCCCAGUGUCCGGCCUGACGACUGUCGCCCGAGAGCGCCGCCGCUCGCCGAUGUUCCAUCAUCUUUCAAUCAGUGCCAAAGAUACGCUGUCAAUUGGACAGAAUUGUUGGAGAAUUAUCAGUUGGAUGAACUUCAGCCCAAUAGCAGCUGGCCAACUGAGUCGUGUGUGCAGGGUUGGGAGUACAACUUGACAGAAGUUUCUUCAUCAGUUGUUAUUGAUUUUGACCUUGUUUGUGGUCGAGAGAUUUAUCCAACUAUUGGACUGUCUGCUCUUAAUCUUGGAGGUCCAAUGGGAGUGUACAUGUUUGGUUUAUUGAAUGAUAGGUAUGGAAGACGAUUUUCAUUCUUUUCAUGUCUUGGUGUAUUCCUUCUUGGAAAUUUUUUAACUGCUGCAGCACCUGAUUUUUGGUCAUGGGCAGCCUGUCGUGUUGUUGUUGGACUUACCAUACCUGCAAUCUACCAGAUACCAUUCAUUAUUUCACUGGAAUUGGUUGGACCUAGUUAUAGGUCCUUUGUUACUGUUAUGACCUGUUUAUUUUAUACUCUUGGACUUAUAAUAUUAUCUGGAAUAACUUACCUUGUCCGUGAUUGGGUGAUGUUAACUCUUUGUACAUCUACCCCAUUUCUUCUGUACUUCAUCUAUUGGUGGUUUCUUCCCGAGUCUCCUCGAUGGCUCUUAGCAAGAGGACGUCUAGAAGAGGGAGCUGAAAUCUUGGAAAAAUUAGCCAAAGUGAACCAGAAAGAACUUCCGCCCAGUUUUAAGCAAAAAUUAAAGCAAAAAAUGAUGCUUCAAAGAACACGAAGUGAAGAGAAGCGUCUUAAGCAAACUCCAGGAAUGCUUCUUCUUUGCCAGACUCCAAAUAUGCGUCUUAAAACAAUUUUAAUUACUUUGAAUUGGUUUGCCAAUAACAUGGUGUAUGUGGGGCUCAGUUACUAUGGACCAUCUCUAGGAAGCAACCAGUACAUCAGUUUUCUGCUUUCUUCAGUUGUAGAAAUCCCUAGUUAUUUAGCCUGUUGGGUUGUAAUGGAUAAAUGGGGUCGCCGAUGGCCUCUUAGUGUUUGUAUGAUGUUCAGUGGAAUCAGCUGUAUAGUUACAGUCCUUUUACCAGAAGAUGCUGUCACUUCAACUUUAGCAUUGUUUCUGAUCUCCAAAUUUGCAAUAUCAGCUUCUUUUUUGAUAAUUUAUCCAUUUGCCGGUGAAUUAUAUCCUACUCAAUUGAGAGGGGUUGGUAUUGGAACGUCAGCAUAUAUUAGCGGCUUGGGACUUAUUCUCAUUCCCUUUAUAACCUAUUUGGGGACAGAAAUGCUUGUUAUGCCACUUAUCAUUAUGGGUGUGAUAUCUGUGGUGGGAGGACUUUCCAGUUUGCGCCUACCAGAGACUCUUCACCAUCGACUUCCUCAAACUGUAGAAGAAGGGGAAGAAUUUGGUAAAGACUGGUCAAUAGCAGAUUGUCUGCGUUGCAUACCAGCUCGUCCAUCAUUGGAUGCUGGCUCUUAUGAGGAUCUGAGCGAGAGAGAUUGUUAUGAACUUGCAUCAGCUCCUCAAGACUUUGAAACCACCAAUGAAGUCACUCCUUUGGACAGACAAACAAGGCGACAAUCCUUCCGAACACAAAGAAUGAUGCGUCAAUCAAGUAUUAUGGAGACUCCCAUUGAUUCAGAUGGAGCAAUGAAAAUCACUUAUUGGUUUUGAAUGACCUGUGCAGAAUAAAAUCCCAGAUAGUAUAUGCACAAUGUAAUUGUUAAGAAGGUAGUUAAUCAUAAGACUUACUUUUCACACAAAGUUAAUUUAUUUUGAAGUUGUAUAUUUAUUUGUUAGUGAAUUAUUUACAAUAAAUUUGUGGAAAAAAAAAAAAAA